AUGGAAGGUUUACACUCUAUUCUCCAAAGGAAGAUUAAUGAAGGGCAGUUCGCUUAUCACCCUAGAUGUGCUUCCUUGUCUAUUACCUAUUUGGCCUUUGCUGAUGAUCUGUUCUUGCUUUCUGGAGCUGACUGGGUGGAUCCUUCAAUUAAAUCUGAGAUCCUCAACAUUCUUCCCAUUCCGGAAGGUAUGUUACCAGUUAGAUACUUGGGUGUGCCACUUAUUUCCACCAGACUCCGAUAUGAAGAUUGCAUUCAGUUGAAGGAAAGGACACAACGAAGGAUAGCAAGUUGGUCAAAUAGAGAUCUGUCAUAUGGAGGUCGUGCUCUUCUCAUUCAAUCUGUUCUUUUCAAUAUGCAAACGUAUUGGUGCUCUUUGUUUAUUCUAUCUCAAAAGAUCUUAAAAGAGAUUGAAUCUAUAUUAGCGGCAUUCUUAUGGUCUGGGGUUCAUCUUAGAAGAGCGAGUGCAAAAUUGAAAUGGUUGGAAGUCUGUAGCCCUAAGGCAGAAGGAGGUCUUGGCUUGAAGGCUCUUAAAGAAUGUAACAAAACUACUAUGCUAAGACAUUUGUGGGCUAUCUGUAAGCAGGAUACAUUAUGGGUUAAGUGGAUUCAGAGUUAUAUGAAAAAAAAUCAGAAUUUUUGGGGGAUGAAAAUGCCUCAAGACUGCUCUUGGACAAUGCGAAAACUUCUGAAGUUGAGGGUGCUGGGCCAGGAUUUUGUGAAGCAUACCAUUGGUGAUGGGCACGGUACUUCUUUAUGGUUUGAUAACUGGCAUCCAUGGGGUCCCCUCUACAAGCUGCUAGAUGGAAGAUCUACUUCUAUCCUUGGGCGAGCUAUUUUGGCUAAGGUUCUGUCUAGAUUCUCGAUGCAUAGAGGCAUUGGCUCUUUGGAUGCAGAGCUCAGUUGGGCUAUUAGGAAUUGCAGGGGAAAAAGCUUUAAAGCUUUGUUGUUUAGACUAGCUUUGGCUGCUGGAAUUUACCACAUCUGGAUAGAAAGGAAUACCAGGAUCUUUGGUGGGAAAGUUGCCUGUGCUGCAGUAGUUCUUUCCACUAUUGCAGAUAACAUCAGAUUAAGGACUUGUUCAUGGCGACAUAUUGCCAAUACGUGGGAGAAUCAAAGACUUUUGGAUCUUUGGAAUAUUCCGAACAGAGUUUUGGGAAUUCUCAUAUCCCUAAGUGUAGAUGGGUUACAUGUAGAUUGUAAUAGGUUUCAGUUGUAUUGCGUCUGA